AUGUCUGCAAACAAUUCCCCUCCAUCAGCCCAGAAGUCUGUAUUACCUGCAACUCUUCCUGCUGUGCUUCCAACCCCCUCUUCAAGUUCAAGUCCGAAGCCAGGACUCUCUGCCCGGCUCUCUAAUGGAAGCUUCAGUGCCCCGUCACUCACCAACUCCAGAGGAUCAGUGCAUACAAUUUCAUUUCUAUUGCAAAUUGGCCUUACACGGGAGAGCGUUACCAUUGAAGCUCAGGAACUAUCUUUAUCUGCUGUCAAGGAUCUUGUGUGCUCCAUUGUUUAUCAGAAGUUUCCAGAGUGUGGAUUCUUUGGCAUGUAUGAUAAAAUUCUUCUCUUUCGCCAUGACAUGAACUCAGAAAACAUUUUGCAGCUGAUUACCUCAGCAGAUGAAAUACAUGAAGGAGACCUAGUAGAAGUUGUUCUUUCAGCUUUGGCCACAGUAGAAGACUUCCAGAUUCGUCCACAUACUCUCUAUGUACAUUCUUACAAAGCUCCUACUUUUUGUGAUUAUUGUGGUGAAAUGCUCUGGGGCCUGGUACGUCAGGGUCUAAAAUGUGAAGGCUGUGGAUUAAAUUAUCAUAAACGUUGUGCCUUCAAGAUUCCAAAUAACUGUAGUGGAGUAAGAAAGAGACGUCUGUCAAAUGUAUCUCUGCCAGGACCUAGCCUCUCAGUCCCAAGACCUCUGCAAGCAGAAUAUGUUGCCCUCCCCACUGAAGAGUCACAUGUUCACCAAGAACCAAGUAAGAGAAUUCCUUCUUGGAGCGGUCGCCCCAUCUGGAUGGAGAAGAUGGUGAUGUGCAGAGUGAAGGUCCCGCACACGUUUGCCGUUCACUCUUACACUCGCCCCACGAUCUGUCAGUACUGCAAGCGGCUACUGAAAGGACUCUUCCGCCAGGGGAUGCAGUGCAAAGAUUGCAAAUUCAACUGCCAUAAACGCUGUGCAUCAAAAGUGCCAAGAGACUGCCUUGGAGAGGUUACUUUCAAUGGAGAACCUUCCAGUCUGGGAACAGAGUCAGAUAUACCAAUGGAUAUUGACAGUAGUGACAUGAACAGUGAUGGUGGUAGGGGUUUGGACGACACGGAAGAACCAUCUCCCCCAGAAGAUAAAAUGUUUUUCCUGGAUCCAUCUGAUCUCGAUGUGGAAAGAGAUGAAGAAGCUGUGAAGACAAUCAGUCCAUCAACAAGCAAUAAUAUUCCGCUAAUGAGGGUCGUACAGUCCAUCAAGCACACAAAGAGGAAGAGCAGCACGAUGGUGAAGGAAGGAUGGAUGGUCCAUUACACCAGCAGGGAUACCUUGAGAAAGAGGCAUUACUGGAGACUUGACAGCAAAUGUCUCACAUUGUUUCAAAAUGAAUCUGGAUCAAAGUAUUAUAAGGAAAUUCCACUUUCAGAAAUUCUACGCAUAUCUUCGCCGCAAGAUUUCACAAACAUUUCACAAGGCAGCAACCCACACUGUUUUGAAAUCAUCACUGAUACUAUGGUGUACUUUGUUGGUGAGAACAGCGGGGACAGCUCCCACAAUCCUGUUCUUGCUGCCACUGGAAUCGGACUUGAUGUAGCACAGAGCUGGGAAAAAGCAAUUCGCCAGGCUCUCAUGCCCGUCACCCCUCAAGCCAGUAUUUGCACUUCUCCGGGGCAAGGGAAAGAUCACAAAGAUUUGUCUACUAGUAUCUCCGUAUCUAAUUGUCAGAUCCAGGAAAAUGUGGACAUCAGUACUGUUUACCAAAUCUUUGCAGAUGAGGUGCUUGGUUCAGGCCAGUUUGGCAUCGUUUAUGGAGGAAAACAUAGGAAGACUGGAAGGGAUGUGGCUAUUAAAGUAAUUGAUAAGAUGAGAUUUCCCACAAAACAGGAAAGUCAACUCCGUAAUGAAGUGGCUAUUUUACAGAAUUUGCACCAUCCUGGGAUUGUAAACCUGGAAUGCAUGUUUGAAACCCCAGAACGCGUUUUUGUAGUAAUGGAAAAGCUGCAUGGAGAUAUGUUGGAAAUGAUUCUGUCCAGUGAGAAAAGUCGACUUCCAGAACGAAUUACUAAAUUCAUGGUGACACAGAUCCUUGUUGCUUUGAGGAAUCUACAUUUUAAAAAUAUCGUGCACUGUGAUUUAAAGCCAGAAAAUGUGCUACUCGCAUCAGCAGAGCCGUUUCCUCAGGUGAAGCUGUGUGACUUUGGUUUUGCACGCAUCAUCGGUGAAAAGUCAUUCCGGCGGUCUGUGGUAGGAACUCCAGCGUACUUAGCCCCGGAAGUUCUCAGAAGCAAAGGUUACAACCGUUCUCUAGACAUGUGGUCAGUGGGAGUGAUUGUCUAUGUGAGCCUCAGUGGCACAUUUCCUUUUAAUGAAGAUGAAGAUAUAAAUGACCAAAUCCAAAAUGCUGCAUUUAUGUAUCCACCAAAUCCAUGGAAAGAAAUUUCUCUUGAAGCAAUUGAUUUGAUAAACAACCUACUUCAAGUGAAGAUGAGAAAACGUUACAGCGUGGACAAAUCUCUUAGUCAUCCGUGGCUGCAGGACUAUCAGACUUGGCUUGACCUUAGAGAAUUUGAAACUCGCAUUGGUGAACGUUACAUUACACAUGAAAGUGAUGAUGCCCGCUGGGAAAUACAUGCGUACACACAUAACCUUGAAUACCCAAAGCACUUCAUCAUGGCUCCUAAUCCAGACGACAUGGAAGAAGAUCCUUAA